AACAUUUGAGUUCGCUGCUGACCGUGUUGGGCAAUCAUGGCGGAUGUCUUGGACCUUCAUGGUGGGAAUGACUUCGAGGAGGAUGUCGAUGGGGACCAUGGCCUCCUCAAAUUGAAGGAAAGUGCGAAAAAGCGCAAGGGUCGUGGAUUUAUCGGAGAAAUUACCGAUACAUCGAAGGAGGGCUUCGAGAGUCUCAGAACUGCAGAGGAUUCUGGAGGCCCGGGCCCACAACGCUCAAUUGAGGGGUGGAUCGUCUUCGUCCGUAAUGUGCAUGAAGAGGCAACUGAGGAAGAUAUCCGUGAUAAGUUCUGUGAAUAUGGUGAUAUAAAAAAUCUCCAUCUUAACUUAGACCGCCGAACUGGCUAUCUGAAGGGCUAUGCGCUGGUGGAGUAUGAAUUGUUCAAAGAAGCGCAAACCGCGUUAGAGCAAUUAAAUGGCAGUCUACUGCAUGGUCAGACGAUACGCGUUGACUGGGCUUUCACAAGGGGAGCGUCAUCACCAAGACAACACACUCGGCACCGCAACCGUGAUCGCAGUCGAAGUAGAUCACCCGACCGUGCCCGUCGCUAA